AUGUCCAACACUCUAGGAGCAACACUAACAACAAAAGAAGAUGAAGCAAAAAAACUUGCAACUGCACCAAAUGGUUUAGGAGCAAAAAAAUUUGAAGGUGAUGGAUUUCCAUUUAGAGCUAAACUUAUUGGUAUGGAAGAUUUAUCAAUUGAUCGUGAUGAAAAAGUUUGUCUCGAUUCAAUGUUUAAAUUAAAAGCUGUUGUACGUGCUCGUGGUGAACAUAAACAAAAAAUUCAAUUAAAUUUAACUAUGAGUGCUGUUAAAGUUAUUGAUGAAGCCACGAAAGCACAAAUAGCUAUUCAUGAAAUUGAACGAAUAUCAUUUGUUGUUAUUGAUCCACGUGAUACACGUGCAUUUGGAUAUAUUUAUAAUACAUCUGAUGAUCGUCAUCAAUUUUGGGCUAUUAAAACUGAACGAGCAGCUGCUGUAACUGUACUUGCUCUUAAAGAACUUUUUGAAUUGGCUUUUGAACAAUAUACAAAUGCUGAAAAAGCUAAAGGACUUAAUGAAUCAACAGUAACAGCAACACCAACUGCACCUGUUACAUCUCCAGUACAAGCACCACCACAGAAUGUUCCUGUUUAUUCACCGCCACCACCAACACAAACAGUUCCUGUUUCUACGCCACAACCAGAUAUUUUUUCUGCUCCAGUACUACCACCACCAUCAUCAACAACAACAACACCUACUCCUGUAAAUGUAACAUCAAAUCUUCUUGAUGGUGAUAUUUGGGGAGACACUUCUACUCCACAGGUUACGCAAACAACACAAUCAAUAUCUGAUGAUAUAUUUAAUUUAAAUGAACCACCUUCAAUGGUUACACAACAGCAAGAAUCAAAACCAGUUGAUGCUUUGGAAGAUAUAUUCAGUGUAAUGUCAACAGUAACUCAACCACCAGUUUCUACUGGAUCUAGUAAUGCAUUAUUUGAUGUAUUUUCUAAUCCUACGCCAGUUCGUGCUCCACCACCAGUUAAUCCAUAUAAUAAUUUUUAUUCUCAACCAACACAACCGAAUAUUUUAAAUGCUGCUCCAACAUUCAAUCAACCUCCACCAAUGGCUUUUACAACAAUGUCGUCUCCACAACAAUCACAAACAAAUUUAUUAAGUCCUUCACCUAUUUCACCGGUUGCUCCACCAUCAGUAACCAAUCCAUUGGCUGGUCUUGAUAUUUUUGGAAGUUUAGCACCAUCAUCAACAACAGCAGCAGCAGCAGCAAAAACAACACGAGACUCAUUUUUUCCUGCAACAUCAACAACUAAAACAAUUCAACAAAUGCAAAUGGAAAAACAGUUUAAUGGAUUUUUUCGAGUAAAUAUUGAAAAAAAAAAUAUGAAGAAUUGUAUUAUUCUUCUUUUAUUUAUUUCUUCAUUUCAAUUCUCAAUAUCAAAUCGAAAACAAACUCGUUAUAAUACAAUACAAUUGAAAAGAAUUAUUGAUAUAUUAAAAAAACAAUUUACAGAUGAAUUUGAAGGACAAACAUCAAUUAAUCAUAAUAGAGCAAAUAGCAAUAAUAAUUUUAAAGAAUCAGAAAAUUAUGAAACUGAAGUUGAUCCUAAUGAUCAUGUUGAUAUUGAAUUAUGGAAUAAAUUAAAUGAACAAGAUAUGAAAAAUAUGCCAGAAAUUAAUGAUUAUUCAGAUGAAAUUGUGGCUAUAAAAUGGUUAAAAUGGUGUGUUCGAAUAGAACAACGAUAUAAUCAAGUAGGUGCUCUUCUCGAAUGGAAUUAUGAAACAAAUAUAACUGAAGAAAAUCAAAAAGCAAUAACUAAGCAAAAUCUUAUUCAAACACCAUUUAGUCGUUUAGCAUUAUCGUUAGCUAAAGAAUUUAAUGAAUAUAUGAAAUAUUCGAAAAAGGAUGAUUUAAAACGUAUAUUUGGUCGUUUAGCAACAGGAACAGUUAGUAAUAAUGAUGAUGAUGUAAAGAAAACUUCAACAUUACAUGGUCAAUUAGAAGAUAUUUAUGCUACAACAGAAGUUUGUGAAUUAAAUGAUAAAAAAAAAGGUUAUAGACUUUCACCAUAUCUUGAACAGGUAAUUCAAAUUGAAAAAAAUUAUGAUCGUUUAUUAUGGGCAUGGAAAGGUUGGCAUGAUGGAUGUGGAAAUAAAGUUCGCCCAGUUUAUUUACCAUUUGUUGACUUAUUGAAUAAAAAUGUUAAAGAAAAUGGUUAUCAUGAUCUAUCUGAAAAAUGGAUUGCAGAGUAUGAAAUGGGGAGUGUCACCGAAUUUGAAGGUGUUAUUGAUGAAAUAUUAAAAGAUAUCAUGCCAUUAUAUGAACAAUUACAUGCAUAUGUUCGAGGUCGUUUAUGUUCAAAGUAUCAAAAUCGUUUUGAUUGUAAUGGACCUAUUCCAGCUCAUAUUCUUGGAAAUAUGUGGGCUCAAACAUGGCAUGAUCUUUUAGAUGAUAUUAUUCCUUAUCCUAAUGCUCCACUUAUUAAUAUGACAAAAGUAUUAAUUGAAAAACGAUUUUCUAUUCAUCAAUUAUAUACAACAGCUGAAUCAUUUUUUACAUCAAUUGGUCUUUAUCCAAUGACACCAAAAUUUUGGGCUCGUAGUAUGUUUGAAAAACCGAGUGAUCGUGAUGCUGUUUGUCAAGCAUCUGCAACAGAUUUUCGAUAUCAUGAUGAUUAUCGUGUAAAAAUUUGUACUGAAAUUAAUGAUAAUUAUUUUUAUACAAUUCAUCAUGAAAUGGGUCAUAUAGAAUAUUAUAUGGCUUAUAAAGAAAACCAACCAUAUGUUUAUCGAAGUGGUGCUAAUUCAGGUUUUCAUGAAGCUAUUGGAGAUACAAUUGGUAUAUUUGCAAUUUCACCUGCACAUUUAAUAAAAUUGGGUUUUCUUGAUGAAGAAGAUGUGAAUUCUCAUUAUGAAAUUAAUUUUCUAUUACGUAUAGCUUUACAAAAAAUUGCUUUUCUACCAUUUAGUUAUGUGAUGGAUAAAUAUCGUUUCUUACUAUUUCGGGAUGAAAUUGAUCGUAAACAUGAAUUAAAUUCUAAAUGGUGGUCAUUACGUAUUCAACAUGGUGGUAUAAUGCCACCUAUAUCUCGAAAUGAUAAAAUUAAUUUUGAUGCAGGUGCAAAAUAUCAUAUACCAUCAAAUGUUCCUUAUUUAAGAUAUUUUAUUGCUCAUGUUCUUCAAUUUCAAUUUUAUCAUGGUAUGUGUCGAUUACAAGGUGUUACAAAACGCUUUCAUAUGUGUGAUAUAUAUGGAAAUAAACAUGUUGGAGAAAAAUUUAAAGAAAUGUUAUCUAUGGGAAAUUCAAAACCAUGGUCAGAAAUCUUGAAAAGUCUAACAGGAGAAAAUAAAUUAGAAUCAAAAGCUAUGUUAGAUUAUUUUCAACCAUUAUAUGAUUGGUUAAAAAUGGAAAACUUAGCAAGAGGUUAUCCUAUUGGAUGGAUAUAA